CUGAAGACGACAGAGAGGCAGGGGACACACCAACUGGACAUGGGUCGUGUACUGGUGCUGUUUACGUUGCUCUGGAGCUCAGGAUUCCUCCCAGGUUUCCAGACAGAGGAAGAAGAUAUUGAUGAUAUGCGGUUGAUGGGAGGAUCCAGCCGCUGUUCUGGUGUGCUGGAGGUGAAGAGACAGGGAAAGUGGAGAGAAGUGGAUGACGGUGACUGGGACCUGAAGUUAGCAGACGUAGUUUGCAGACAUCUGGACUGUGGCUCUGUGGUUCGAGCUUCAUCAAAAAGACGUUCAAAACCUUCUAGCAGAAUCACACCUUCCUGUCUCGAGUCUGGACCUAGAUUAAAGAAAUGUUUAACAAAGAGGUACCAGGUUGAGGCUACCAGUUUGGAGAUCAUCUGCUCAGACUCUGUCAGGCUGGUGAAUGGGACUAGUCUGUGUUCAGGCAGACUGGAGAGUAAAGUCUACCCAGUCUACCCAGACCUGGUCCUCAGUGUGUGA